GAUGGCAAUAUUCACGCUUCCUGGACUUAUCCCAUCCCCCACCCCGCUCCCCUCACCCUGCAUCCGUGCUCAGAAUCUGUAACAAGCGCCCCCCUAUCACAUCACAUUGCCGGCUAUCCACGAAGCGAGCAAGAAAGCCGGGGUAAAAAAUACAGCAAGAGGCCGAUAGGCGCCCUGCCCGCCUCCGAUUGCAUGCACAUCCAGUGCCGGUCCCUUUAGUUAGCACCGAUCGCUCUGAACCGAGCCGGGCGCGCCGGGUACGAUGUCAGCAAGACCGGGCUUUUACCGGCAGGAGCUGAACAAGACGGUGUGGGAGGUGCCCGAACGGUACCAGAACCUGACGCCCGUAGGUUCGGGGGCCUACGGCUCGGUUUGCUCGGCGUACGACGUGCAUCUCUGCCAGAAGGUGGCGGUAAAGAAACUGUCGCGGCCAUUCCAGUCGCUCAUCCACAGCCGGCGCUCGUACCGGGAGCUGCGGCUCCUGAAGCACAUGAAGCACGAGAACGUCAUAGGCCUGCUAGAUGUCUUUACUCCCGCCUCAUCUCUGGAAGACUUCAAUGAGUUGUACCUCGUCACCAACCUGAUGGGUGCAGACUUGAACAACAUAGUGAAGUUCCAGCGGCUCUCAGACGAACAUGUGCAAUUUCUUAUUUACCAGCUCCUCAGGGGCCUCAAGUACAUUCAUUCAGCUGGACUGAUUCACAGAGACCUGAAGCCAAGCAAUGUAGCUGUUAAUGAAGACUGCGAGCUAAGGAUCCUAGACUUUGGGCUGGCAAGGCAGACGGAUGAUGAGAUGACAGGAUACGUGGCGACUCGCUGGUACCGAGCGCCUGAGAUCAUGCUCAACUGGAUGCACUACAACCAGACAGUGGAUAUCUGGUCAGUGGGCUGCAUCAUGGGAGAAUUACUGAAGGGGAAGGUGUUGUUUCCCGGCAACGAUUACAUCGACCAGUUGAAGAGAAUCAUGGAGGUUGUGGGCACGCCGACCCCAGAGCUACUCAAGAAGAUCUCGUCUGAACACGCGCAGAAGUACAUUGAAUCCCUGCCCUACAUGCCCCAGCAGGACCUGGGGAAGCUGUUCCGGGGAGCCAAUCCGCUGGCUGUGGAUCUCCUGAAGCGGAUGCUAGUUCUGGACUGCGACGGGCGUGUCACUGCCAGCGAAGCCCUCUCGCACCCCUACUUCGCGCAGUACCACGACCCUGACGACGAGCCAGAAGCCCCUGCUUAUGACCAGACUCCUGAGAGCAAGGACCGCACCCUGGAAGAGUGGAAAGAGCUGGUGUUUGAAGAAGUCAAAAGUUUCAAGCCCCCUGGUAAUAAACAGGAUAGCUUGGAGGCGGAGCCGUAAGUGGCAGCUCUGACCCCUUUGUACUUUCUCUGUCUAUCCGGAGGACGGACGGCCCCCUUCUCUUGACUGGCUGUCAGUCAGCAAAGUGGGGAGGAACCAAAGAGACUUCUAGCCAACCAGAGAAGACAGCUCUUCCUUUGGCAUGACUCCCACGACCAUCUUCUGCCUGUCCAUCAUUCUGCAAAAAAAUGAACUCUAAUGACUAUGAGAAUGAAGCAUUACUUGAAAAAUACCGAUGGCCAGAAGGUGUGCUGGUUUUUUUGCAUUUCUUUUAACUCUUUUUACGUUCUCUUCCCCAUUUUGCCUAUAUUAAGUUGAAUUAAUGAGAGUCCCUUAAAAAAUGGCUGACUCAUGUCACAAAGCACACUGCUAAGACAGGUGUCACACCCAGUCACAUAAAAGCUCAGAUCUUAUUCUCAAAAACAAACCAUGUGAUUGUCAACACAAUUUACUUGCUGUGUUAAGCUGCCUGGAUGGAGGUUGUGUCUCGAUGACAGGCUGGAAAUAGGACCAGGCUCUCGGGAAACAUUCAUAUACCUGACUCAUACCCUGUGCUUCCUGGGAUGUACUGCCCACCCCCCAAAAAAAAAAAAAACACUUUACCGGGUAAGUGGUUGGAGGAUGAAUUAAUUUAUAUCUAGCAAUACCUGCACAGUAAUGUAGCAUCAGAAUCAGAAUCAUACACGAUUAGUCCAAAGGAAAAGGAACCUGUCAGCAUGGUAAUCAUCUGCCCUCAGGACCCUGCGCGCGCACAUACACACACACACACACACACACACACACGCACGCACACUUCGUCCCUGGUUCCCUGCAUGUCUGUCGUUAAAAACUUGCAACUCGCUCGCCCCUCCUGCAGGCGACUCCUCCCUUUGCACAACCACAGCGUUUGAGCCUGCAGGCUUAUUCGCUUCGCUUUAUUAUUCACCAAUAAAGCUACUGGUCACACUACGCAAUCUCAA